AAAUGGAUUGAAGAAUUUAACGAAGAAAUAAAAAAGUCAAAUCGUCAUGUUUUGCUAAUUAUAGAUGGUGCUUCUACUCAUAUUACUGAUGCAGUUAAUCUAACAAAUGUAAAGGUACUUAAACUACCUUCAUAUACAAUGUCAAAGUUACAGCCAAUGGACGCUAGGAUUAUUGCAUAUUUCAAGCUUCAUUACUGCCGUAUGCAACUUCAACAUGCGAUUGAUCUUGAUGAAGCUAAAGAAGAUGAUAUAUAUAAAGUUGACCAAUUGCAAGCUAUGAAAUGGAUAAAGGUUUUAUGGAAAGAAGUAUCUGCCAAAACAAUCAAGAAUUGUUGGUUCCAUACGAAAAUUAUAUCUCCUCGUAAUGAAGAUAGAACCCUAAUUGUCAUGCACCCUCCUGUUGUCUCGCCCUCUCCUAUUGCCUUGUCCUCUUUUGUUGCCUUGCCCUCUUCUGUUGCCUCACCUUCUCCUGUUGCUUCACCUUCUCCUGUUACCUCGUCCUCUCCUGUCGCUUCGUCCUCUCUUGUUGCCUCGCCUUCUCCUGUCACCUCACCCUCUCCUGUUGUCUUGCUUCCUCUUGAUGAAGAUAUAGAAGAAACAUUUGCUGAUCCAGAUUAUGAAUUGGCCAUCAAGGAGCUUCAGCAAACUCUAGAUACAUUGUAUAUUC